AUGCGGAGGAUGGCGAAGGAAUCGACUCUGGUAACGGAAGUAGGCGCGGAGGCCUCACCGGGAGCCAGCUUCUCCGACACGGAUCCAGCAACGGCACACGUCCCCGAUGCGGACGGCGAUCUCCUGACCACGCCCGCCGCCGGCGCGGGUGCGGCGGCCAAGCCGUUGCUUGGCGCAGCAGCGGCCUCCCCGUAUCUCGCCGAGAAGCCCGACGACACGCCUGACGAAGAGGCCCGGCGAAGAAGCCCGGACCAAGCCAGCUCGGUCACCGCACCACUACCACCACUGCAGACACCUGAAGAUGAAGCGCCGGAGGAGGGGAAGGAGGAUGGCGUCGCCGACAUAGCCGGGUCGGCGGCGGCGGCGGUAGCGGAAGGGACAGAUGCGCUGGAGACCGCUGCUGAAUCGGCAGCAGCAGCGGGGAAGACGGCUGGAGAAGAGACAGAACUGGCGCCGUUGUCCGCCGGGGGAGGGCAGCUGCCAGCGGCGACCGAUGUGUUGGAGCGGGAUGCCGACCCGGCGGGGGGGGGUGCCACCGAGCCCGAUGACCUCGAUUGGGGAGACUUCGGAGAUUCGACAGGUGCCAUGGAAGCAGCGGAAGGGGCUGUGGUUGACGGGUCCAGCGAGGCAGAGGAGGAGGAGGAGGAGGAGGAGGAGGAGGAGGAGCCGCGGGAGACGGGGCGAAAUCAGGAGGGAGGGGGGCGAGACGCUCCGGCUUCGUCUUCACGAGAAGCUCACCAGGAGGUGGACCCCCCCGCGGCCGGUGACGCUCCGGCCGCCGAGCCUACCGCCUCGCUGUCAUGCGUGGGGGAGGAAGGGAGAGAUGGCCACGCAGAGACGCCGUCGACACCGCCUUCACAGCCGGAAGAAAUAGACCAAUCAGGGGCCUCUGAUUCGGGGAAAGCUGGUGACGACAGACCGGAAAGCGUUUAUCCUGGCGGUGCUGCGGUGAUGAUGUCGGCCGGAGAGGAUUGGGGGGCUUUCGAGGAGGUAGAGCCGCCUAGCGGCGCAAAAAAGGCUCCGGCGGGGGAAACAGCUGGGCGUGCGGACAACAACGGCGAUGGCGACAGAACGCCUUUCGGUGGAGAACCUCCUUCAGGUGGGAAAAUGCCUUCUGAUGGGGAGACGCCUUCAGAUGAGACAACGCCGGCGGGUGAGGAUGCUCCUUCCGAUGGAAAAACGCCUUUCGCUGGAAAACCACCUAUCGAGGACGAUGAGAAAGAGCCGCCUCCGGCCUUUCAAGUGCUCGGAGCGGAGGAGCAGAGUAGCAGCGGCUGGGGAGCGUUUGACGAGGCGCCUCCACCACCACCGCCGCCGCCGCCGCCGCCGCAGUCAACCGUCGCCGAUGUCGCGGAAGCGGGUGCCGGGGCGGAAACGAUGGGUGGACCGACGAUAGAAGCGGACGAAAUAUCGGCGGCCGCCACCAAGGAGCGCACGGCGCAAGAAGACGGAGCGAUAGCGUCAACUGCAACAGCAAUACUACCACCACCAACAGCAACAACAGCGCCACCGGCUGAGGAAGAAGAUGGAGGCCAGGCCGGCGUCGAGGGCGGGGCAGCGGCCAGGGUCGGCGCGGGGGCGGAGACGGCGGCGGCGGACGGUGGUGACGAUCAGCAGCCGGAGAGUGAAGACGACUGGGGCAGCGACUUUGGCGACUUUGAGGAAGCGCCGACGCCAGAAGAGGAGGCGGGACCACCGGAGAGCGCUGCGCCGGCCGUUGGCGUGCGGGGGGAGGAGAGCGCGUCGGCGACCGCGGGGGGUAGAGGCGGUGGUACGAAGGCGGCGGCGAGUGCGAUGUCGGCGUACGUGAACGGGGCGGCGGGGGUAAGAGGCGAGAGACCCUCGUUGCUGGCGAUUAUGGUGACCGUGUUUGACGAGGCCUUCGACAGAGGGGGCUCCGCGGAACUGAGUACUUCAAUGGGGGUCGUUUCGCGAGGGGCUCCGUCGUUGGGCGGCGGCGCGAAGGGGGAGGAGGGCUCAGUUGACUCUCGGGUCGAUCUGGCGCCCUUGUUGCGCCACGCACACCCCUACCGAAGCCGGCCGCCUGCCCGGCUGCACCACUGGGCGGCUCAAUGCAUCCUGAGGGGCAUCCGCCCGGUGCCAGACGCGUCGCCAUUGGGGGACGCCGACGACGCCGACGGUUUCGACCACCGCGGCAGGCGUUCAAGCGGGCGUGGCAGUUUCACCUCCGGGGCGCGAGGAGGAACGUCGGCACCAGUGACCCCGUCGCGGCCUCGCUCGCAGCCGCCUCCGCCGUCUGCAGACCACCCGCCGGCGGCGGCAGCGCUGGCGACGCGGCCGGCAUCAUCAUUGCCCCCCCCACCCGUGCCUCUGUCGCCACCAAGAGCGGCAACAACAACGGCGAGUUCUCGUGUUGUGUCGCCGUCGAGAGCCCCGCGAGCGGUCUUUCCCAGGCCGGGCGCGACGGCGGCGGCGGCGUCGGCGGCGGGGGGCCCGCGGGUGGUUUCCCCGUCAUCCUCCCCCCCCCCGGGGCCCCCGAAAUUGAGCACGGCCGCGGGAGCGAGCAGCCCGACGGCAACAAGGAAGGAAGGUCCCAGCGGUGAUGCCGUGGCGGUGGCGGAUCAGGCGUUAGCCGAGAGCGUGGACAGCCCGGCGGUGGCGGCGGCGGCGGCAGCGGUGGAACCUGCUCAGGCAGGGUUCGCGUCGUUCCCAGCGCCGACGACGCCUUCUGGCGACCCGCCGGCCUUCGACGGCGAAGAAGACGAUGACUUCGUCUGGGGGGAAGCGGCCGCGGCGCCGACCCCCGAGAUGCCUCGACAUUCACCCCCGCGGGUGCCCCUGACCCCGCCCGCGGCAGGCGGAGCGAGUGGCACGGACAGCGCUCACGACGGCGUAGGUGAUGGCGCGCCACCCCCUCCUAGCGAUGGUGGGGAUGGUAAUGGCGGAGGUGCGGAUGAUGGAGACGGCGGUGGCGGCGGCGACGGCGGCGAUUGCAGCGAUGACGCCUUCGAAACCUUCCAGUCGCCACCGCCUCCACCCGACAGUGAUGGUGGCGGUGGUGUUGUUGCUGUUAGCGGAGAUGCAGAUGACGGCGACGACGGAGACUGGAGCGAUGACCCUUUCGACACCUUCCAGUCGGCGCCACCGGCCGCCCCUGCACCUCUCGCGAGCCCGCCCCCGGCGCCGCAGCCAACGCUGUUGGAGCCAACCCGCCCCGCUGCCGCCGCUGCCGCUGAGAGGUCGCCGUCCUCGCCGCCGCCCCCCCCGACGGAAACAUCGACGUGGAACCUGGACUUUUUAAUGGGGGCACCGGCGAAGGGGGGCGGUGGCGGUGGCGGUGGCGAUGGGAGCGAGGGUCGUCUGUCGCCUUUGCCUGGGGGCGCCGCAGGGGCGUCUCCUGUGGGAGGGGAGGGGGUGCAGUCUGGCAAGCCGUUGGACCUGGUCAGCCAAGCCCUGGCCGGCUUCGGCAUCGCCAGCACCACGCCGGCAGGCCCCUCACAGCAUCCUGAGGAAGGCGACCGGGUUGACGCCGAAUCAUUCGGGGCCUUCUCGGCCGGGGCUCUUGUUGCUAGUAGUGGUAGUCGUGGUGACCGUGACCACCCCGUAGGGGAAUCUAACAGCGGCGGUGGCGGCGGUUACGGUGGGGGAGAAAGGGGACGCGUCGGGAGCGUGGAGGUCUCAGACUUGCUUCGCGCCGCUAGGUUAAGAGGGGGCGGGAGGCGAUCGUCGCGGCCCAUGGGGCCGCUUUCUACCGAAGCCCAGGCGAGACUUGCAGGCUUGCCGGACUUGUCGUACAUGCUGUCCCAGAGGAUACGGUUCCCCAUGCGGGCGGCCGCGCCGGUGCCGGCGGCGGUCACCGGGAAAGCUUUGCUUUAGGGAUUGAAUUGUGGCAUGGUGAAAGUAUUGUUCUCUUGCAGUUUUUGUCCGGUUGCCGCUUGGGAAGCUUUGCUUCGUGGGGUUGAAUUGUGGCAUGGUGAAAAAUAUCGUUCUCUUGUAGUUUUUGUGCGGUUGCCGCUGGGGAAGCUUUGCUUCGUGGGGUUGAAUUGUGGCAUGGUGAUGGGUAGAGAGAGAUCGGAACGGUUUUCAAUGUGAAGACAACAACAACAACAUGGUGAAAAAUAUUGUUCUCUUGUAGUUUUUGUGCGGUUGCCGCUGGGGAACCUUUGCUUUAGGGAUUGAAUAUUGUUGUUGGUUGUUGUUGUUGUUGUUGCUGUCCUCCUU